GGAUCUUCCCGCCAAUCUGAAGAUCGUGAUGAUGUUGAGUGAAGUGCAGGUUGUAAAAGUUGUAUUGUGAGUUGUUUAUAGUUUAAUUUCAUAACAAAAACUGUUGAAGAACAAAACUAUUCAUUAACAUUACGGUUACGUAUUGUUUUGUGCGUCUUAUUAAUGUAAAUCAGGAAUAUUGUUUAUUUCAACUGAAAAAAAUUAAACAAGCGUAGUAUGUGUACAGAAUAUUUUUAUUAGUGAUCUUAUAUAUUAUUUUGACAUGUCAUCUCUUCUAUUUGCGGAAAUUGCUGCCACAUGUAAUGCAUUAGGGUAUUCAGACGGCGCAAGAUACUUUACUGAUCCACAAUGUGAAGAGGCUGUGAAAGAUCUUAUUCGAUAUCUGCGACGUGAUGAUGAAAAUCAUGAAAUUCGAAGACAUCUUGGUGAAGCAAAAAUUUUACAGACAGACCUGCUGCCUAUAUUGAAAGAGCAUUGUGAAGAAACGGAACUUUUCGACCAUGUACUUAGAUUACUCGUGAAUUUGACAUACCCUGCCCUUGUUUUGUACAAUGCUGAACUGCCAGAAGAUAAAACUUCAAGAUUUUAUUAUUUGCAAAUUAUUUCACAUCUUCAGUCUUAUAAAGAAGCUUUUGUUGAUGAAGUUGUGUGGGCAGUGUUGUGCCGAAAACUUGGUAACCUAUUGAACAUAGAGUGGCAAGACAGAUCAGAAGAUGAAGGCAAAGUUAUUGAAAGAAUUCUUACAUUAGUGCGUAAUGUGUUGCAAGUACCUGCUGAUCGGGAAGCAGAGAAAAGACCUGACAAUGAUGCCACUAUUCAUGACCAGGUUCUAUGGGCCCUGUAUCAAUCUGGAAUGGUUGGUUUGCUCCAUUAUGUUAUCAGUUCAAAACAUGAAGACAGGUUUCACAUGCAUGUUUUGGAAAUGUUGCGUGACCAGAAUCCAGCCUAUUUGGCAACAGCAGAAGCCCAGAGAAGUAUUGUGGAGAAAACGCGAGAUGAAGCUGAACUUUUGGCUGUUCGUCAAAGAGAAGCGCAAGAACGUCAUCAAAAGAAUGAAAAAUAUACUGGGCUGAAGGAAAGCUAUUUGCUGGCACAUAUGUGGUAAAAGAUGUAAAAUCAAUUAGUAAUAAUGAUAUGAUUUACCACAAACCCCUUGCUACACUGACGGCAUUGGAUUUGAACCAUGAUAAGAAAAAAUUGAAGACACCCAAGAACAAGAGACCUCCAGUUGACACAAUAGUUGAAAGAAGAUCCACUUUGAGUGUUCGUUUAUUUCUAAAAGAAUUUUGUAUUGAAUUUCUGAAUGGCGCUUACAACACAUUGAUGUACUCUGUAAAGGAAAUGAUUCAUCAUGGAAAAAAUCAAGUAAAUGAUGAAUCAUACUACUUAUGGGCAAUGAAAUUUUUUAUGGAGUUCAAUCGCCACUACAAAGCAGAAAUGAAAUUGAUUAGUGAAACCAUGUCUUUAUCAACUUUCCACUUUAUUCAAACUCAAAUCGAAAAUUACCAUGAAAGAAUGCUUGUGGAAAAAAAAAAGAUUUUUGCAUGGUCACGAAGAAUGCAUUUGGCCUUGCGAGCAUACCAAGAAUUGCUGAUGACUUUAACAACUAUGGAUACCUCAACUGAUCCUGAUGUAAAAGAAUCUGCUCGAAUCAUUAAGAGUAAUAUUUUCUAUGUGGUGGAAUACAGAGAAUUAAUAUUAUUUCUCAUGGUGAAUUUUCAUCAAUCAAAAUUUUCUCGGGCAUUUUUGAAGGAUUUAAUAGAAACCGUUCACAUAUUUUUGAAACUAUUGGAACAUUUCUGUACAAGAGGUCGUGGUAUUGUUGUUCAAGAAAAGCAGAAAGGACGACAUAAUAAAGCAAAGAAAAAGAAUUCCCAAAAGAAUCAACCUGCAUCCACACCACUUAGCCCAGAGGAAUUGUGGGAAGGUUUAACUCUGGAAGUUUCUACUGUUAUUGAAAAUCAAACGAACAUGCCAGAAAAUGUUGUCCCAUUUGAUUCAGCGUCAGAAGUGCCCAUUGAUGAACAAAAGGUAGAUGCUGUGAAACGAAUUCAAGCGGCAUUACGAGAUAGACAGUUCGAACUUGCUGUAGGUUUACUGCGAGCAUCUCGGGAAGUUUGGCCAGAGAAUGACAGUUUUGGAGCACCAAAUCCUGCCCCAGAGGAAGAAAUACUUGCAUUAAAGGACAUCUUUCUUGCUGACCUUGGUCAACCAAUGCAAAUGCCAGAGAAUCCUAAUGCAAACGAAGAAGAAAAUGAAGAGGAAGAAGAGGGAGAGGAAGAAGAGGAUGAAAGAGAGCAUGAUAGAGAAAUGAGCACAAAUGUUUCUGAGAGGACUUUUCAGUUUAUUGACUUCGUUAAAAGGUUCUGCAAUCCACGUGUGGUGCAAGCAUGCGGUUUACUGCUUCGUGAAUUUGAACACAACUCUGUGAGGACUAAUCACUGUGCUUUGAAACUUAUGCACCGUAUAGCUUGGGAUUGCAAGUUACCAGCGAUGAUUUUCCAAGCGUCCAUAUUUAGAACUUUCCAAAGAAUAUUAGACAGUGUAAAUCCACAGCAUAAGGAACUAAAAAAGUUUGCCAUAUUUGUUGUCAGAAAAUUUGUUGAAGUGGCAAAAGAAAACCCAAAAGUUUAUAUGGAAUUACUGUUUUGGAAAAACAGCAAAGAUGCUUUUGAAGUAGAAUGUGGUUAUGGAAGUUACCAGUCAGAUACUCAUUCUGGCAAACAAGUCUGGGGAGAGGAGGAAGAAGAUGAACUUAGGCGCCUGUAUGAAGAGUACAUGGCUCUUUCUGAAAAGCCUGCUGAAGGAGACAUGAUUGAUUGGAUCCUGAGAAACUUGAUUAGUGAUAGUCGUUCCCGCAGAGGUGUCAUUAAGAAACUGAAGGAAUUAGGAUAUGUUGUGGCCACAAAGCCAACUUCCCGAAAAUCAGUAACCACCAAACCACCUGUGCAGUGGUCAACAGAGGAGGAGGAACAGUUAACUUCCCUCUAUAGCCAGUUUAAGGAUGCAUAUGAUCCCAUGUCUUGCAUUUUGGAUCGCCUAACAGUUCGUCGCCCUAAGUCUCGUGUGGUAGAAAAACUGCUUGCCAUGGGCCUAGUGCAAGAUAAAAAAGAAUUGCGAAAGAAGAGAGGCAAGAAAAAUCAAAAUGCUGGAGGAGCAGGACAUUCAGAAGAGAGUGGACAAGAAUCUGAUGUGGAUGAUGUAGAUUCCAGAGGAAGUGAUUCAGAAGAGGACAGUAUUACCACUGCCCCAAAUGCCAUUAGACAUCAAAACUUGGGGCAAAAGAAAUCCAAAACUAGGCAGCAAAAGCAAUCCAAAUCCAUGUUUUCACAAAAUGAAGCUGCCCGCCUGGUUGGUCAAGUUCGUACUGCAGGGAUGAGUGAAGCUUUGGAGUGGUUAGUUGAAAGCCUGGAAGACAUAGCAGAGGAUGCAGAGGAUUGUGCCGAAGAAUCUACUCCUUUACUUCCUCUCACAGAGGCUUGUAUUGUGGCCAUGGACAGUCCCCUGUUUCAACAGUUACUCCAGUCACUUGGCAUAAAUGCUCCAGCAGAUGAACAGGAGACCUAUUGGAGAGUGCCAGGACAUUUAACAGCUGCACAGUUAAGAGAUAGGAAAAACAUUUUGCUAGAUUCAACAACUGAAGAAUUUUUCAAUUCAGAAGAUUUUGAUCAGCAAGUUGCCGAUAAAUGCAGAAGGAUACUCUCUCAGAAUGAAAGGGACUUGGAAAUUGAAAUGGAAAGUCAGAAUAGUGAUAACAAUACAUUGGAAACUUCAUCUUUGUCAUCAGUUUUGUCAUUAAUCCAAACACCUAAAUCAACUCCAAAUCUUCAUUCAGUAUCAGUGAAUGAUUUGGUAAAUGAAAAUGCUCCUAGCGUGUCUGAAAUAAAUGAAUCUAUGGUAGCAAGUACAAGUAGAAGUGUAAAAGCUACUAAGAACGAGAAGUUAAAGUUCCUGGUUGAUUCAUCUGAGAGUGAAGAAGAAUCGCUUAACCAAAAUGUACAUAAUAACAAAGAAAAUGGGACAAUUGCAGAAAGUAAAAACAUAAAUGUAAAAGCUGCUAAGAAGGGGAAGUUAAAGGCCCUUGUUGAAUCAUCAAACAGUGAAGAUGAUUCAUCUGAGAGUGAAGAAGAAUCACUUAACCAAAAUGUACACAAUAGCAAAGAAAAUAUGACAAUUGCAGAAAGUAAAAACAGAAAUGUAAAAGCUGCUGAGAAGGGGAGGUUGAAGGCCCUUGUUGAUUCAUCAGACAGUGAAGAUGAAUCUUGUAACCAAAAUGCACACAAUAACAAAGAAGAUACAACCACAAAUACAAAAUCUGCUAAGAAGGGAAAAUUGAGGAUCCUUGUUGAUUCAUCUGAGAGCGAGGAUGAAUCACUUCAACAAACUGCACUGGCAGACAAUGAAACUACUGAAAUGAAAUCAAAACGUUUAUUGGAUUCUGAUUCAGAAUCUGAAUGUCCAAAGGCUAAAAAACAUUGCAAAGUUCUUAGUGAUGAUGAAGACUAAAACAAGAAAAAACCCAAAGGAAAAUUACCUUUUGUUUUUCCACGUAUUUCUAUAUGCCCUCUUGUUUGUUUGUUGGAGUUUCUAUUGUUAUUUGCUUUACAUUUAAAAGAGCAUUCACAACCUUUCAUAUUCCACAUAAUACUAUUAGUACUUUUAAUAUAUUCUUAAAUUUGUCUAAAUAAUUUCUUCCUUGUUGUGUUGACUUUAUCAAUGAGCUGUCUUUUAUGAAACCUUCUUAAAUCUCAGUAACAUUUUGAAACUUUGUUUGGAAAUAAAAAUUAGUGUGUGAUAACUUGUUUACAUUUUAUGUAUUUUACGUUGUAUGUAUUUGACAUUUUAGCAUCUGAUUAAUCUAACUUUAGCUGGCUAGUGGUGUUUCCAGGCCUGGGCCCUGUUUGUAUUUAUUAUCUACACCUAGGACUAAGGGAAACAUGUGGCACGCAUGAUGUAUUUGCAUCACUGGAUCUAGCAUACUCAGCCUGCCUGAGGUUUUCUUUUAUCAUACUGCUAUAGAAAUUGAGACCAUUGUAAUGGAAAGAUACAGCUCUAUUCUUGCCCUGACUUGAAAAGAAACAAACAAUGGUACAAGCAAAGAUUAAGGUGGUAGAGACAAACACAAUGAAGCAGAUGAUUGUAAGGAAGAAGAAAUAGUGAAAGUACAGGCUAAAAGACUUUGAAGCAGUUAAUAAUGAAAAAAUUCUCAGGAGGCCUUUUCAAAAUUGGUUUUCCAGAGAUUCCCUAGAGUGUCAGAUUAUACCACCUCUGCAUCAACAUGAGUGUCCCUGGGGGCAAAUUCUAUGUUAAUGAGCUUAUAAAUGUGUGUUGAGCAUUGUACUCCUUGUAAGUAUGAAGUAUUACUCCAUAACUGCUUUUAUUUACGAUAUUGCUUUAAUGAAAUAUUUGAUGAUAAUCAUUAUUUUAAUGAGAUGAAUGUGAUUUUUCAUUUUAAAUUGUUUUUUGCUAUCUUUGUUUAUUUCUGUGAAAAUGUGGGUCCAAAUUUUAAUCACAUUACUCUACCAACAAGAGUUGUUUGUUGUCUCUUAUUUAAAGUUCUGAUAUAAAUAUUGUUCCUUAAUGUUGCAAAUUAUCAGCCUAAAAUAAUAAUUCUUUAAAAUUCUAUUUGAUUGUCUUUAUUUUCUCCUAAUAAUUUCUGAGUUAGCAAAUUCAUUCUGAUUUUGACACUUGAAUGUUUCCUUUAUGUACAUUGAUGCUGGAAUCAAAUCGAAGGUGUGGCCAAGGAGUUGGUUUAGAUAUGGCGUGUGUUUUUAAAAGUCCUGUAGUUGUGUUUCUUUAGUUUAAUAUUCUAUUUACAACAAAAAAUUCUUAAUUUAUAUUUUUGUGUCAAUAUUACUUACUAAAGCACUUAAUUCGUGAUAAUCAUGGACAGUCACACACAUUUUACUUAAAUGUGACUAUUUGGUU